GGUCAGCUGACUCGCUGGGGGCACGUGACUCGCUCCGUGGGCGCUGGGGUCGAGGAAGCCGUGAGAGGCCGGAGCUUGGGCCGGGCAGGGAUGUCGCGCUGAGCGUUAACGUCUGCCGGGCCGCCCGCCUCCGGAGCUGCCAGCGCUGUCGCUUCCUCGAGUGGCACCUGCCGGGAGCCUCUCUUGAUUUUAGAAAAAAUCCCUGGUUACAAACAUGACGGAAUUUUGGCUCAUCUCAGCCCCGGGGGAGAAGACAUGUCAGCAGACCUGGGAGAAACUGCACGCGGCAACCACGAAGAACAAUAACCUGGCGGUCACUUCCAAGUUCAACAUUCCUGACCUAAAGGUGGGCACCCUGGACGUCUUGGUUGGCUUGUCGGAUGAACUGGCUAAGCUGGACGCAUUCGUAGAAGGGGUGGUUAAGAAAGUGGCUCAGUACAUGGCAGACGUGUUGGAGGACAGCAAGGACAGAGUGCAGGAGAACCUGCUGGCCAAUGGAGUUGACCUGGUUACAUACAUAACAAGGUUCCAGUGGGACAUGGCUAAAUAUCCAAUCAAGCAGUCUCUGAAAAAUAUUUCUGAAAUAAUUGCCAAGGGAGUAACACAAAUUGACAAUGACCUGAAGUCGCGAGCGUCCGCCUAUAACAACCUGAAAGGGAACCUUCAGAAUUUGGAACGGAAGAAUGCGGGAAGUUUGCUCACUAGAAGUCUAGCCGAAAUCGUGAAAAAGGAUGACUUUGUGCUGGAUUCUGAGUAUCUCAUCACGUUACUGGUUGUAGUUCCCAAGUUAAACCACAACGACUGGAUAAAGCAAUACGAAACGCUGUCGGAAAUGGUCGUUCCUAGGUCGAGCAAUGUUCUCUCUGAAGACCAGGACAGCUACCUCUGUAAUGUGACACUGUUCAGGAAGGCGGUAGAUGACUUCCGACACAAAGCCAGAGAAAACAAGUUCAUUGUUCGUGACUUCCAGUACAAUGAAGAAGAGAUGAAAGCGGAUAAGGAAGAAAUGACCAGACUCUCCACUGAUAAGAAGAAGCAGUUUGGGCCUCUCGUGCGGUGGCUGAAAGUCAACUUCAGCGAGGCGUUCAUCGCGUGGAUUCACGUCAAGGCCCUCAGGGUGUUUGUGGAGUCAGUGUUAAGGUAUGGCCUGCCAGUGAACUUCCAAGCAAUGCUCCUUCACCCCAACAAGAAGACAAUGAAGAAGCUAAGAGAAGUGUUGUACGAACUGUACAAGCACCUGGACAGCAGCGCCGCGGCUAUUAUUGACGCCCCUAUGGACAUUCCGGGCUUAAACCUGAGCCAGCAGGAGUACUACCCCUAUGUGUACUACAAGAUUGAUUGCAACUUGCUGGAAUUCAAGUGAAAGUCAAGCUCCCCGGCUGGCCGGGCCCGCCUUGUGUUGGUCGGUGUCACUGGCAGGACAGCCCCUAACUCUUACCCCUCCGCUUGCUUCUCACCCCCUUUCCUCGGUGAGUCCCCCACCGCCGUCCGUGGCUCUACAGUUCCUGUUUUCCAAGAAGAGUACACAUCUUGUUUCUAUUGGUCUGUAAAUGUGUCCUAAAAAGAAAAAAAAAUCAGAGUUUAUUUAUAAACAGAAUAGUUUAUUUAAAGAGGUCUUUCCCCCAUCCAUUUUGUGGUUUGCAUUAAUUCUGUGUUACUAUCGUGCACAAAAGAGCCUUGUUUACAAGGGCCUGGUGUAAGUGUUUAUGCCAUUGGGUUCGCUGUACUUAGUAGAGCUCACUGUUUUAAUAGUUCCUGAAUCGUGAUGUAAAGAAAUGUGACAAUAUUCAGGUUAUGUGAUUGCUGAAUAUUUCAAAUUACAACCUCUGAGCACUGUUGCCAUCCACAGGAGCAAAUAAAGUUACCUGUGCAAAGG